AAAGCGGGCUAUUUACGCUUUUGCCCUUGAUAGGAAAAAAAGGUAGCCGCCGCCGCGCCGUCGCAGCACAGCGUCUCUCCUCCCACGCUCCGAUGACGAUCUCCCACCUCACCCGCCGCCUCCUGAGCCCCUCGACCGCCACCGCCACCGCCAAGCUCUUCCCCGGCACGAGCUUCUCGAAUCCCCACGCUUAUGCGCGAAACCCCCUCCUCCUCCUCGACCCCCACCGCCGCUUCUCCACGAGCCCAAACACCAGCUCCAACCCCGAUGCCGCCGCCGCCCCCGCCCCCGCUCCAGAACCCACUCCCCUGGAGUCGAUGAAGCACCAGGAGAUCGAGGGCCCCACGGUGGAGCGCGACAUGUCGCCGCUCGCCGACGAGGCGCGGGCGGAGCUCGACGCCCUCCGCCGCGCCGCGCAGCGCCUCAGCGCCUCCCUCGCGAUCCUCGGCGGGACGCACCUCGCUGCAGGAGCGUGGAUCGCCUCCGGGGCCGCGCCCGUCGGGGUCGAGUCGGCCGCGUUGGUGCAGGGCGUGGCGGCGUUCGCGUUCCCCUUCACGGCCGCCCUGGUGCUUCGCCGUGUCAUCAAGCCCGUCGCCUUCUUCCAGAAGAUGGAGGCCAACGGGAGGCUGCAGGUGCUCACGCUUUGCCUCCAGGCCACGAAGAACGUUAACCUCAUGAUGCUCCGGACGCGGGUGGUCGCCAUCUCUUGCGCCCUCGGAGUGUCGGUCGGAUCGGUAGCUACGAUCUUGAUGCGGUAAGCUUGUGCUAGGCUCUGCUCAGGAAGGAUGAUUAGUGUCAGUAUUCGAGGAAUAAGACUGAAACGAGAUAUGAGAUUAGACCUUGGAACUCUGAAAACUUGGUGCUUUUGGAUGUUGAAGUGUGCUUAGUUUUGGUAUCUGUAUGGUAUUACAUGGGUACCAAAGGAAUCUUUAUAGUGGCCGUUCAAACUGUUGCUAUUACAGUGAUAUUCGUCUUCUCUUAGAUGGAUCAACCAGUUGCUGAAUCUUAUUAUCUUGUAUGCUGAACCAGCUCCAUUUCUCAGUUGAUAACUUGUUUAUGAACUAGGUGAUUAUACCUGCAUUUUAGAUUCCA